AUGCAGAUCCCCGCGACUAUGUUUGCUUGGAGAAAGCACAAGGGCAAUCCAAAUCCUGUCUGGGAAGAGGUACCCGUACCCAUGCCCUCGCCGACGGGCGUAUUGUGCAAGAUGCUCGCCUCCGGGGUCUGUCGUAGUGACCACUCGCUUCUCACCAUCGAAAAGCAGCCCGGCUGGUUUCAGGAUAAAUUUAUUCUUGGCCACGAGGGGUGCGGUCAAAUUAUCAAGCUUGGAGAUCAAGUUCUUGACUCAGAAUUCAAAGUGGGCGACAUUGUGGCUUUGAACGCUGUUCCAGGAUGUGGCGCUUCCCACUGCGAUGAAUGUUCGCGGGACUUAGCUCAAAUAUGCGAAGUUGGCCAUCAUUCCGGCAUCGGUCAGGAUGGAUUCUAUGCUCCGUACGCGGCUAUCGAUGUCCGUGGACUUGCACAUGUUCCUCAAGGAGUCUCACCCGCUGAGGCUGCGGUGGCCACUGACGCCGUUACCACCGCUUACCACGCUGUUCAUCGAAGAGGCGAAGUCAAAGCAGAUGAGACCGUUUUUCUAUUCGGCCUGGGAGGCCUGGGAUUCAAUGCUCUUCAAAUUGUCCUGAACAUUGGGGCAAGAGUCAUUGUCUCUGAUAUCAGAGAAAGUCUGCUCGAAGAGGCUGCCGCCAUUGGGGUCCCUCGGGCAGACUUGGUUCCGCCAGGGAAGAAGGUUCAAGAAUUUGUCAUUGAACAAGGAUUGACCGGUAAAAUCGACACCGUCCUCGAUUUUGUCGGCACUCAUCAGACCUUUGAGGAUGCUCAGCAGAUAGUUCGUCGAGGUGGGAAGCUGCUAUGCAUUGGUAGUCUCGACACCGAAAACACCAUACAUAUGAAGAUUGGAACCAGGAAGCGACUCAGCUACAUUUUCUCUUAUGGAGGUCAGGUAAAGGACCUGAGGGAAGUUUUGCAACUCAUUGCCAAAGGCAACAUUAGGCCCAGAGUUGAGACGGCGAAAUUGAGUGACUUUCCCGAUGUCUUGGAACGCUUGGAAAGAGGGGAAAUCAAAGCCAGAGUUGCUUUGAUGCACGGAUGA